AAGACGAGUUAGAAGAGUUUGAUUGUCGCAACACCCUCAGCCUUGCACGUGGACCAGACCCAGAAGGUGGUGGGGAAUCUGGGAUGCAGUUCUGUCCGUGUGUCAAUUCAAAAGUAGGAUUCGAACUUGCGCUUGGUGGGGUGUUGCAGUCACCAAUUUGGUCUUAAGUGUCGUAUGUCUGUUGUCAUCGUCGGAACGAGCAAGAACAACGUCCGCAGUCCUGUUGAAGUAAGUUGCGUUGAUUUCUUUUGCGGUGCUUUUGUGGGAGGUGAUGAGGACGAGCUUGUGCAUUUGGGAGGUUUGGGUUUCUCUGGGUUUGGACCUUGUGAAGCUCUCGUGUGUUUUGUAGUUUACUUUUUCCUUCAACAACCCCCCCCCCCCCCCUUAUUUUUUGGUGCUUCAAGGUCUAGCAAAGAUAGCGACGAAUUUCGAAUUUCGAUCCUCCACAGUGCAUGUGAUCCUUCUAUGUUAUAGUUUUGUGGAUUCUCUUGUUGGGUGCGUGAAGGAUGCGUGCAGCCUGACCGAGACUUUGCAAGGCACACCACAAUUGGAAGAAGCUUAGUCCCACCUUAAAGCUAUCUGAACACUUUUUGCAGAUAUCUUGUUGCAAGCUCUCCGUGAGAAGCUACAUUGACAGCAUAGUGAUUUUUUGUUGAAAAUGCUUCGGCUGCGUGAUGCGUGGCUUUUGACUGCCCUUCUGCUUUUGGGAAGCGCGAUUUCUGUGCACUGCCUGGAUCAUGUCCAACCUGAAGAGACCUCGGCGACUAGCCACGAAUACCUCGUCGCAAGUUUAGGGUCUUACGUACACAAGUCUUUAGAAGCCUGGGAAAGGGUGAGGCCAUACGUUUUCGGUGGGUUGGGAGACGAUGUUAAGCCAUCGGAAUGGCCCGAGCUUAAGCCAGGAUGGCGAGUGAAUUCUGCUGUAAUUCUCUUGUUCAUUGGAGCUGCGAUAUGCAGCGCUGGUGGGAUCGGUGGCGGUGGAUUGUUCAUUCCCGUCUUCAACUUGCUGCUGUUAUUUGACCCUAAAACCUCUGCUGCAUUGUCCAACUUCGUCAUAUUAGGGGGCUCCGUGGCCAACUUGAUAUGGAACCUGCCGCAGCGACACCCAUCACUUCCCCACAAGUCGGCAAUCGAUUACGAUGUGGCUCUGAUUCUGCAGCCGAACAUGCUGCUGGGUAUUAGCAUCGGCGUGAUUUGCAACGUAAUGUUUCCGGGGUGGUUGAUUAUCGUCCAGCUUGCGCUGAUUCUGGGCUUCAUCACCACGCGGAGCUGGAAGAACGGAAUAAAGCGGUGGAGGAUCGAGUCCCAAUUGGCUGCUCUGAAGAGUGAGAACGGCGAGGAUACGAUGGAAAGAGGAGAGGAAGGCGCUGAGAAGCAGAACCUCAUCAGGGCACUUUCAGCUGAGGAAGCCAAUGCAGAAUCUGAGGGGCCACUGGAAUCAGACAAUUUGCAUGCACCGUUACUGGCUCCGGUGAAGACUCCCUUGGAGCCGUCUUGUUUGGGGAGCAAAGUCAUGUGUCUUGGACUUGUGUGGGUGGCGUUUUUUGUAAUUCAAUUGCUUCGAGGCGGCAAAACAACUGAGGGUAUUUUGCCUCUGAAGAGCUGUGGCGUCGGAUACUGGCUGCUGACAUUGACGCAGAUACCAUUGGCGUGUUUCGUCACGCUGUGGACAGCUUUCCGGCACACUCAGUGCUCCUCCGAUAAACAGGACCAAGGAGAAAUAACCAGACACCGCGCUUUGACGGUAUUCCCAGGCAUGGCGUUGGUGGCGGGCUUGUGGGGGGGCAUGUUGGGCAUUGGUGGUGGCAUGUUCAUGAAUCCACUUCUCAUCGAAGCAGGAGUGCAUGUACAGGUUACAGCCGCAACGACUGCAUUCAUGGUAUUCUUUUCGUCAUCGCUAUCCGUUGUAGAGUUUUGGCUCCUGGGACGCAUCCCCGUAGACUUUGCAAUCGUCUUCUCGUCGAUCUGCUUCGUGGCAUCCCUGAUUGGACUGACCGUGGUGCAUCAUGCCAUUUCCAAGUACGGGCGAGCUUCCAUCAUCGUUUUCUCAGUGGCCAUCGCCCUGGGCAUUAGUGCUGUCAUGAUGGCAGGCUUUGGGAGCCUGAAUGUGUACAGGCAGUACAAAGAUGGGGCCUACAUGGGCUUCCACACACCAUGUUGAUAACCAAAGCCUCCUUAUCUUAGACGCGUCUGAAGCCUCACCAGCUGAUCACUGAAAUCAGUUGCUGUCUUUCAACAUACCGUUGGAGAGCUUCAACGCUUUGAGCCAUCACCGUGGUAAUAUCUCAUUACCGAGUCACUUUUCGAAAAGUGAGGGAUAUGUUCUCAACUAUAUUACUCUGACGAACCCAGGUUCUUCAUUGCUCCAUUGUUGGAGUGUUUUGUCUCUGCAAUAACUGAUUGACGAUUAGCUCAAUGAGUAUCAUUUCCUACGCUUGCCAGGAAAUGACUGGCGGCCGGUGGACAUUGAUUGCUGAAUGUUAACAUAAUUAUUAACAUGUGUAGCUGUUCUCAUUAAACUUAGUAGGAUCCAUUCUGUACUCUGAGCAGGUAAUUUGUCCUCUUACAUUAAAUACAGUAUGCACUUGCAACAAAUAAAAGUAAGAUAAACUAUUUGCCAAUCAAACAUGAUUUUCAUGACUUUGAAAAUAAUUAUUAUGAUCCUAAUAUAACAAUAGGAUUAAUUU